AUGAUUUGUUUUGUUUUUGCUAUUAUCUUAUGUGUAUCAGCUGCGCCGAUACCAUAUAAAUCGUUUCAAGAUUAUCAAGGCACGGGAAAGUUGAUUCCCGUUUCACGGCAUGUAACAGGAUUCAACACAACAGCUGUUCCUGUUAGCAGAGUGUUGGAGCCCUCGUUUAUGGGGAAGAUUAUAGAAGAAGUGAUUUCUAAUGCACUUAAAGUGAUUUUAAGUGCUCUAGUUUCAGGGAGUUGCAUUUGCACGUGCUUUUGUAGCAUGAAGUAUGUUCGAAACGGUUGUGUGUGCAAGGUAAUAUUUCUAUAAAUUCGCAUAUAAUAUUAUUAACUCGAUUGUUUUAGAAAGAGUGGUUCCACCCAAAGUCGAUGGCUGAUUAUAGACGUCGUAAAAAUCAAACACAAGGUUUUUUAUUUUCUUUCUGUCUAAUAUGUGUUGCAAUCUUUUUUUUAGAUCAUCAAGUGUACGAAAUGCAGGU